GUGUCGGCACACAGUCCGACUGUGUCGGAACACAGUCCGACUGUGUCGGACACAGUCGGAGUUUUCCCUCCGACUGUGUCGGCACAUAGUGCCCUCCAACGUCUCGUGAUCAAGCACGCCGCCACGUCGCGUCGCGUCGACCCUCCCCACACAUUUGAACAUCGAGCAUAA